CUCAUUCGCAUCUGCCGCCAUGUGCAAAACGGCAAGUGGACGCGCCAAAAGGUCUUCCACACCAUGGUCUUUGCGGCAAACCUCGGCUACUGCAUCUAUUUCUUCGUCAAUCCCUUCGCCUCCUGCUCUCAAUGGCUCUGCUGGUCCCACGCCUGCAGCUUCAUCGCCCUUGCCAUACCGCAGAUCAUCUUCCUGGCAACCUUCCUUCUGCUCCUCUCCUUCUGGUACGGUAUGCUGUCACAGCACGUACAGUGAGCAUGGCGCGAUGGGGCAUGGCGCGAUGGGGCAUGGCGCGAUGGGGCAUGGCGCGAUGGGGCAUGGCGCGAUGGGGCAUGGCGUGAUGGGGCAUGGCGUGAUGGGGCAUGGCGUGAUGGGGCAUGGCGUGAUGGGGCAUGGCGCGAUGGGGCAUGGCAUGAUGGGGCAUGGCAUGAUGGGGCAUAGCGUGAUGGGGCAUGGCAAGAAACACACACAAUCGCGCUCGAUCGACCUGUGCCACCAGGCACCAGACAGCACAGACAAGGACGAGGAGGAGGAGGAGGAGGAUGAGGAGGGAGAAGAAUCAGCGUUUUGCGGCACCUCAAAAUCUGGAGGAUGGGAGGAGUUUUUAGUUGCCUCAAAAGUCGUCUUUGUCUUGUGGUUGCUUGCUCUCAUCACCACCACCAGCAUCGACCUGAUCGACCUGUGUCACCAGGCCUCAGAUAGUACAGACGAGGACGAGGAGGAGGAGGAUGAGGAGGAAGAAGCUGACCUGGAAGCAACAGCAGGGAGCGGUAGAGGCACCACAGCAGCUGAUGCAACCAGGGGACGGCUGGGAGUAGCCACUGGUGGUUAUGCGUUCAGUGGUAUGGGCAUGGGCAUGGGCGUGGACGUGGGCGUGGGUGGGGGAAUGAGCGCAGGUAGGAGCGGGCUGCUGAGGCAUAAGUCGGACCCUAUUCCGCCCAUGCCACCAGCAGCGCAGCACAGCAGCUCGACUUACUCGCAGCAGCAGUGGCAGCAGCAGCAGAGUGUUGCGAGCAGCGCCCCGCCAACACAUACCGCAAGCAGCCUUGCCGGGGCGAGGGGAGCAGCCGCAAGAAUGACAAACAGAGCCGCUGGUGACUCAGUUUCUGCCUCCACAGCUACUGCCAGCAGUGACACCGCUUCUAACCUCACCACCCCCCUCAACACCCCACUCAACUCCUCUCGCUCCCUCUCCCCAGACCAAUCCGAAGCCAGCAGCACCAGCGGCACCCCUCCCUCCUCCCACUCCGCCCACUCCCUUGCUACCACGGCCAGGCAUACCCAGGCACAGGGUGGGCGGGGAAUAGCAGUGGGGAAGGGUGGGGAGGGGCACGGCGCUUCCCUGCAGCAACCACUGCUGGAUGCUGCUGCAGGGGUGAUGGGUGGCGUUGGGAGGCAGGGCGCAGGGGGUGGAGGAGGAGGAGGAGGUGGAGGCGGGAGAGGGGGAUUAGGGGGGGGAGGAGCGGGGGGGAGAGGAGGGGUAGGGAGCAGUGCGGCGAGUGAUGGGGGGGCGAGGACCCCCCGGUUCCGCUGGCAGAAGCUGAGGGUGAAGGGCAGGCAGCGAAUCGUCGUAGCUGUGGUGAGCUUCAUAUCGCUGCUGACUGUAGUGUUCGCCUUCCUCAUCUGGGUCCCUGCCUUCUUGUCUCCCUGCCUCCCCGCCUACCUGCUUCCCUGUCUGCCUUCUUGUCUCCCUGCCUCCCCGCCUACCUGCUUCCCUGUCUGCCUUCUUGUCUCCCUGCCUCCCUGCUUGCCAGCUUCCCUGCUUGCCUGCCUGCCUCCUUGCCUCCCUGCCUCCUUGCCUCCCUGCCUCCUUGUCUCCCUGCCUCCUUGCUCCCUCCGAAUUUUUCCCCAUUAUCCCAUUCUCCCCGCCCACCCCAACCCCCAUCAGAUGCAUGCGGACUUCUUUGCAGUCGCCACGCGGCUAUCAGGUGGAGUGCUGGCCCUCUACGGGCUGCUGCUCUCCUCUUCUCCUUGCAAUUCCUCACAGCAUAUCACAAUGCAUGCGGACUUCUUUGCAGUCGCCACGCUCCUAUCAGGAGGAGGGUUGGCCUUCUACGGGCUGCUGCUCUUUUCCAAGAUGUCCGUUCUUAGGGCGGGACCCAGCGCAGCUGACCUCAGCAAGAUUGCAUGGCUGGCCGGCAUGUGUCUGCUCUGCUUCUCCCUCCGCGCAUUCAUCGUCCUCGCCAAAUACAUCCCGGUCAGUCCCCUUUCCUCAAACUUUGAGACUUCUCAAAACGACAUCCCGCCCAUAAUGAAUCUCUCCUUUCGGGACAAGCACGGCAACCUGCUUCCCUUCUGGUUCCUCGUCUACCAUUGCAUAGGCGAGGCAGUCCCCUCAGCCAUGGUGCUCUUCAUUCUCAAGGACCUUCCUCCCUCUCAUACUCUCCCAUUCUCUUCUGUCUUGUCCCUGCUCCUCACAUCACACUAUCGCCCCUCCCAGGCGAGACAGUCCCCUCAGCCAUGGUGCUCUUUAUCCUCAAGGUCCUUCCUCCCAAGUCCCGCCUCACCUCCCCUCUUGUCCUUGCCAUUGCCACUCACAUCAUUCUAUCCACCCUCCCCCGCCCCUCCCUGGCGAGGCAGUCCCCUCAGCCAUGGUGCUCUUCAUUCUCAAGGUCCUUCCUGUCACACCAUUCCCUUCCCUCCUUUCCUGCCCACCGGACCAUUCAUCCUCCCCUCCUCCUGCUCCGCCCCCCUCUCCCUGCCAGCGUCCAUCUUCUCUUCACUCACCCCAGGCCAUCUCGCCUCACCCCUCGACCCAGCCGCAGCAGCAGCUGCCUUUCUACUUCCCUCUGCUCCCGCCGCUGCCGCUGGCACUGCUGCUGGUAGUGGUGGCCGUGGUAGGAGUGGCAACGGUGCUGGGGGUGGCGGUGGGAGUGGGGUUGGGGGUGCUGGUGCUGGUGAUAGUGGUAGCUGUGGUGGUGGGGUUUCUGCUUUAGCAGGCUCCAGGCAAGGGGGGCAUAUAGGCAGCAACAGCAGCACCACUCUUACCCGUCUCCCCCCUCCUCAACUCGCCCCUCUUCUACCCCAGUGGGUCGUUCCCCCUGAAGGCGAACCCUACUCCGUCCUCCCCCCUGCUGCUGCUGCUGCUGCCUCUUCCUUUGCUGCUCUGGCCGCUGCUGCUGCUGUGGCUGCAGCAGCAGAAGCAGCGGCAGUGGCAGCAGAGGCUGAGGAGCAAGGGAGGAGGAAAGGGAGUGGGAAGGGGCGCGGGAGAGGGAAAGGGCCCGGUGGGAGAGGAGGAGGAGGGGGUGCGGAGAGAGGGGGGAAGGGGGGGGGAGGCAGGGGAAGGGCGCGGGGGGAAGUGAGUACAGAGGGUAAUGCACGAGGACCAAUUAAUGCAGAUACAGGGGUUACACUGGCUGGAGCGAGUGGGGUGGGGCGAGGAGCGGUGGGGGGUGUUGGGGGAAGGGGAGAGGGGACUCCUGUGGGAGGAGGACGAGGAGGAGAAGGAAGAGGAGGAGAAGAACGAGGAGGAGGAGCAGGAGGAGCAGGGGACGGUGCAGAGGGUGCAGCACGGGAGAGAAGCAAGACGAAGAAACCAUCCAGACUUCGCAUGGCCAGCUAA